AUGUCCGAAGUCGAACGCCAUAAUGUGCUCAUGAAACCACAAACGCUGGAUAGUGUUACAGGUGAAGUCCUCGUGCGUAAAUCAACCGGGAAACAGAGGAUCAGGAAGGGACAGACCGUGGAACAGUAUAAUGAACAAUUAUAUCAAUAUUUCCAGGUGGAAAAGGGUCCCAUGCAGACACCUGAGGGAUGGAUGAGUCAGGAUGUGAUGAAUGCAAGCGAGAAAAAUGAUUUAUCCUUGAAGCAGAACCGGUUGGUCCUUUUGAAUUGGGCAUACAAGAUGUAUUACCUAGGUGAAUGGGAUAAAUGUGACAAGUAUUGUUUGCAUUUGAAGGAUUUAUUUGGGCCUUACAAUCUGGGGAAAAAGAAGAUCCAAAAGGAGAUGGAGGAAUUGGAUUAUAUGAUAGAGAAAUGCCAAUUGAAGGUUGUGGCCAAACAAUUACAGGAUAAUCUGUGA